AUGAAAUCUUCGGGUGAUCGCGCCUACGAAAAAUCCGGCGAAGAAGUACCGCGUUAUAACCUCCGCCAUAAGAAACGUGUCGAGAAAGUUCGCGAAGCCAAAAUGGCCGACAAAAAUGGUGAAAGAAGUUCGAGUGACGACGAAAAUGAUUGCGCGAUAGUUCAGCAAGACAAAGUGAUCGAAGAACUACGCGAGCAAAUAAAAGCCUUGCAAAAGUCGCUAGCCUCAUCGGAAAAGGAAAAAGUCCAAUACAUCGAAGCCCUAAAUCAACAAACCGCUAACAACGUCAUCAGUGCCGACGUACCUAGCAUCGAAGCUAUUCCUGUCAGCUUCAAACCAGCCGAAGUUACCUCUGCCAACUUCACAACAGUCAGCGCUACUUCAGCCAGCGCUAUUCCUGCCGAGACUUAUUCUUCUAGUAACCAUUAUGCCAACGCCAAUUUUGCCGGUGCUACAACCGCCAGCACCAAUUAUGCCAACGUUACCUACGCCAGCGCUACUUCUGCCAACGCCAACUUUGCCGGUGCUACAACUGCCACCAGCAAUUACGCCAACGCUACCUCUGCCAGCGUUACUUCUGCCAACGUCAAUCCCGACGCUGCCUUCGGCCCCUAUAUCCGGUCUGCCACGUGCCCGCCAGCAAUAAUGCAGUCGUACAGCCACACCAACCCUUAUUGCCUAAAUCUUCUGCCAGCAAGCUACAUGCCUGCAGUGUCCAACCCACAAAUUACACCGCAGCUCAUCAAUCAAAAAGCUCAAAUAGCACCCAGCACCAGCCAGGUACGUAAAAUUUUAGAUUUGCCAGAUUUUCAUGGCUCGCCCGAAGAGUGGCCUAUGUUUUCUGUGGCCUUUAAGGAAACCACGGAAAUGAAUUCAUAUUCGCAAUUGGAGAAUCUGUUACGUCUCCAGAAAGCCCUAAAGGGGAAAGCCAGACAACAGGUGGAGUCGUUGUUGAUCCACCCAUCCAGUGUAGAUGCGGCCAUGAAAACAUUAGAAUUUCAUUACGGUCGCCCAGAGCUACUUAUUAGAAGCCAAAUAGCGAAAGUUCGAGCGUUCCCACCCGUUACCGGAGGACGAAUUGCCGAUAUACUCAAUUUUAGCUCGAUGGUAUCAAACUUAACUGCCUUUCUAGAAAAUUCAGGUGCGGUACCACAUCUAAAUAAUCCAAUGUUGCUCGAUGAAUUAAUCAGCAAACUGCCGCUGAACAAGAGGGAAGAGUGGACUCGCCACAUCUUCGAAAUGCAAAAGCCAUAUCCCACUGUGCGUGAAUUUAGCAACUGGUUGCAGCACACCGCCAUGUAUGUGUCCAUGGCAAUAGAUGUUAUGCCAACAAAGUAUAUGCCCAACGAUUUUGUGUACAACAAACCUAAAAUGUCGUCCAAGCCCGUAAUGACUGUAACAAAAGAAGAAAAGAAGUGUUUAGUGUGUGACCAAAGCCAUAUUUUAAAUACGUGCUCAAAAUUUAAAGAUGCCGAUUGUUCUAAUCGCUGGAGUAUAGUAAAGAAUAAGCAUCUGUGUUUUUGUUGUUUGCAACCUGGUCACAGUGUACAGAAUUGCCGCAGGCGACGAGUGUGUGGUAUAUCCUCGUGUAAUAAAUUCCACAAUCGGUUGCUUCAUAGUUCCAGUGAUAAUAACAAAAACAAUAUUUCAUCAGCUGAUAAAGCUGUGGCAACUGUUCAAACUGUGCAUCAAAAUCCACAACAUCCACUCGCUCGAUCAAAUUUACCACAACGUAACAAAACACUCCUCAAAUAUUUGCCUGUAAAGCUGAAAGGUCCCAAAGGCGAAAUCAACAUUUUCGCUUUCAUUGACGAAGGCGCAAAAAUAUCCCUAUUGGAGGAAAAUAUAGCGAACGUUCUCGGCCUCAAAGGCAAAUCCAAUUUACUUCGCCUGAAGUGGAUAGGCAAUCAAAGCAUGAGCGAACAGUCGCGGCAAGUGUCAUUUGAAAUUGCCGGCGCAAAUGAAGCAGCAACAAGUUAUGAAAUGAGGGGAGUGCGUACAACAAAAAAGUUGUAUUUGCCGCAGCAGACGUUGAAUUUGAACGACUUCAUACAACGUCACGAACAAUUGGCAAAUAUACCAAUCGCCGAUUACAAUAAUGCAGUGCCGCAAAUGCUUAUUGGACUGUCGCAUACAGAGUUAAUACGAACAAUAAAAACUGUGAAUUUGGACGAUGGCUUUGCAAUCCACAAGACAAUGUUAGGGUGGACAUUAUUUGGCUCGAACGAAUAUCGUUUGAGUGAUGGCACUAUUGGUCAUGUCAACAUUGAAAGCACACAAUUAAACGAAAUUAAUUUACAAAUUACAGAAUAUUUUGCAGCAGAAAAGUUUGAAAUAAAGCAAUUGCCAAGCGUUCGUUCAGAAGCUGAUAUUAGGGCGGAAAAGUUAUUAAACGAGACGACAAGUUUCAGCAUGGCCAUGAAGCGCUUAGAGCAAAUAGAAAUGAAAAUGGAACGGGAAAAAGACUACGGGGAAUGGUAUAAAGCAAAAAUCAACGAGUACAUCGAAAAGGAAUACGCAAAGCGACUUUCACCUGAUGAAGCUAAUGUAAAUGCUGAUCGCACAUGGUAUUUACCACAUUUCGCCACAUGUAAUGUAAACAAAGGAAACAAACGUAGACUUGUUUUCGAUGCCGCAGCAAAAAUAAGUAACAUGUCGUUGAAUUGUGCCCUUAUGAAAGGACCGGAGGAGUAUCAACCAAAAUCGCUGUUGGCAAUAUUGUGUAAGUUUAGACAAGGCAAAUUUGCAGUAUGUGGUGACAUAUGUGAGAUGUUUCACCGAAUUUUGAUUCGCCACGAAGAUCAAAACGCGCAGCGCUUUCUUUGGAGAGGGGGCGAUCGAUCAAAACCGCCAGAUGUUUACGUUAUGCGUGCCAUGAUAUUUGGAUCAAUUAGCUCGCCAUGUUCUGCACAAUUUGUAAAAAACGUGCACGCAGAAAAAUAUCGUGAUGUAAAUGCAAGAGCCGUCAAUGCCAUUGUGGAUCGGCACUAUGUCGACGACUAUAUGGACAGUUUCGACACUGUCGAAGAAUGCAUUAAGGUCACCAAAGAUGUCAUCGAUAUCCAUAGCCACGCCGGGUUCCAGUUAAGAGGGUUGAUGUCAAAUUCGUGCGACAUUCUGCAAGCUGUAUUACACAACGAGCAACCGUGUAAGCAACAAAGAAAUUAUAUAUGCCAAGGGGAGAGUUCUACCGAGAAGGUGCUUGGAAUGCACUGGAACCCAAACAAAGAUUAUUUUUUCUUCAAAUUGCUGUUUUCAAAAGUGCCCAAAGCAGUUUUAGACUGUAGUAGACGGCCAACGAAAGGUGAGAUGCUGAGCGUUACUAUGUCUAUAUUUGAUCCGUUAGGUUUCGCGUGUGGGUUGGUGCUGCGGGCAAAGGUUUUGAUGCAGAGUCUGUGGACCAGGAGUAUAGAUUGGCAUGAGCCAAUCCCCGAAGACGUUUAUAAGAAGUGGUUGCAGUGGUACAAAACGUUGAAUACCAUCGAAAAUUUUAAAAUGCCAAGAUGUUAUGGCGUACAAUUCUUGAAUCCGAAUGCCGAUAUACAGCUACAUAUUUUUGUUGAUGCGAGUGAGAUUGCAUUUGCUGCCGUUGCCUUUUGGCGAAUUCAUCACGCAAAUAAUACAGACAUCGUAUUCGUUGCUGGCCGAUCCCGGUGCAGCCCGCUGAAGCCAUUGUCCAUUCCGAGACUGGAGUUACAAUCAGCCGUCUUGGGAAUAAAGUUGAGGGAAGCUGUCAUCAACAGCCAUGACGUACAGCCGCGUAAGUCAACAUUUUGGUCAGAUUCAAAAAUAGUUCUCCAGUGGAUAAGGUCUGACGCCAGGUGCUACAAGCAGUUCGUGGCACACCGUAUAGCUGAGAUCCUGCAAACAUCUGAAGCCAGUCAGUGGAGGUGGGUACCAGGUAAAGAAAACCCAGCUGAUGAUGCUACACGCAUAAAAAUCUUUUCUCAAAAUGGUAAGUGGUUAAAUGGUCCGCCUUUUUUGAAAUUGCCUGAGCAUAGUUGGCCAGCCAUGCCAACCGAAUUUGAUAAUAGCGAAUGCCAAGAGGAGAGACGCUCCAAGCAAAUAUAUACGAUAUCGUCAGCGGAUAGAGUAAUUCCAUUUAAUAAGUAUUCAAAUUACUAUAAACUUUUAAGGGUGAUGACAUGGGUACGAUAUGCCAUAAUGAAAUUCCGUAAGGUUGACGUACGUAGAAAUGUAUAUGCAUCAAAGCUAAUUAUUGCGAACGAGAUCAAACAAACUGAAUUACUGAUAUGCCUAUUAGUACAACAAGAUGUUUUUGCUGACGAAGUUGAAUCUUUGCGCAAAGGUGCGCCAAUUACGAAAUGCAGCUCUAUAUUUAAGCUAAGCCCGAUGUUGGACAAUGAGGGCCUUAUACGACUAGGAGGUCGGAUAGACUAUGCCGAAUGCGUACCAAUGUCAACAAAGCGACCAAUAAUAUUGCCAAGGAGUCAUCCUAUAUCACGUCUUGUAGCUAAGCAUUAUCACGAACUUUUUCAUCACCACAACUUUGAGUCAGCGUUGUGCGCCAUACGUCGAAAGUUUUGGAUUCCUAGUGCGCGCAGAUUAUUGAGGUCAAUUAAAGCUAAAUGCCAGAAAUGUAAAAAUUUAUCCGCUAUUCCCGAAUCACCACUUAUGGGCCAAGUACCUAGCGAUCGAGUUACGCCGUUCGUUCGCCCGUUCACAUAUUCAGGCGUUGACUACUUUGGGCCUGUCUUAGUAGCCAUAGGCCGUCGUCAAGAAAAACGUUGGGUUGCACUCUUCACAUGUCUAACUAUUAGGGCCAUUCACCUGGAACUAGCUAGGGACCUAUCAACAGAUGCUGCCAUAAUUGUCUGCCGUAACUUUAUUAACAGAAGAGGUGUACCGGUACGGCUCCGAAGCGACAUGGGGACAAAUUUUGUCGGCGCAAGCAAAGAAGAUUGGGUAAACGUUCAAAGCGGUAUGCAAUCAGAGUGUGAUCUUCGAGGUGUAGAGUGGGUUUUCAAUGCACCUGCCAACCCAUCUGCCGGGGGCAUAUGGGAAAGAAUGGUAAGAAGCGUAAAACGAGUUUUGAUGUUCACGCUGAAGCAACGAGCGCCACAGUUGGAGACCCUGCAAAGUCUUUUGAUUGAAGCAGAAAAUUUAAUAAAUUCGCGUCCAUUAACACAUGUGCCGGUAGAGAGUACCGACGCCGAGCCCCUGUCACCCAAUCAUUUUUUGCUAGGCUGCGCGAAUGAUGUACAAACUCCUGCGCUGUCAGAGAAGAUAUGUUUACGCAAGCAGUGGCACAUAGCGCAGCAGUUGAAGCAGACUUUCUGGAAGAGGUGGAUACUGGAGUAUCUCCCUACCUUGACACGGCGUACGAAAUGGUUUAAGAGGGUGAAGCCGAUAGCUGUAGGUGACAUCGUUAUAGUUUGCGACGACAACGAGAGCCGAGGCCAUUGGAAACGGGGUAUCGUAACAGAAGCAAAGCCAGCCCCAGAUGGUCAAGUUAGAUCUGUUUUAGUCAAGACGUCAACAGGAAUUUUACGGAGACCAGCGUCUAAGAUUGCAGUGCUCGACGUUGGUAGUGAUUCUCUCACCAGUGAUGCGAAUCACGGGGGGGAGGAUGUUACCGAUUAA